AUGUCAACUGCGGACAAGACCAGACAGUCGUCUGGUGGUAAAGGCUUCUUUUCUAGGAAUAAACAUAGAAGUGAUAAGAGACACACUGGUAGCGAAGAGGGACGAUACCUCGGUUCAGAUCACGAAUCUGUGUCGCGAACCUCCCGACAUGCUAGGGACUCCUCGAUAAUAUCUGUGGAUCGUCCUAGUUCUCCCGAGUCCGGCGUCAACAACACUGCGGGCGUUAUCACCGCAAUCCCAUACGAUAGCACACACCCUGACAUACGAAGUCCAAUACCUGUCGAAUAUCUUCCUCGAAACGAGCAACUCCCCGUGCGCCGAGAACCACUACCACAUCAAUUAAGUAAAGUAAGCGCCGAUUUUCACCAAUACCCUACUUUCGACGCGAACACACUUUCCAGCAUGGCUGGUUCCCAUCUUUCGAAUGCCCGCCCUCCUACGGCGAGCUCAAAUAUUACAAUGGCGUCGACCGGUCGUCAGACGCAAUUUCAGCAGUGGGGUCCGUCUGGAGGUAAUAAUUUAUUGACACCUCGAGGAAGUACGGCUUCUUCGAUGACUACUAGUACUGCCUAUGGUGAAAGGUGGGAUUCUCUACCUGGCUAUGGGAUGUCUGGUUUCGGCAGAUCCUCGAGACAAAGCGACCAGUCCAGCGUUUUUUCAGGUAAAGGAGUACCCCCUGACUAUCCCACAAUCAAGCGCUCAUCCAAAGCAGCACUACCCAGUGCCACAUCCCAGAGUUCCAUUGCAUCAUCGCACCCCUCGAGUAGAGAUUCGCAUCGUUUAACAAAAUUUCCAGGGUCACCUGGAUUACAACCUCCUGGCGCCAGCAGCGACUCGCUCUCGCUUACAAGACCGGACGAUGAUAGGGUUACCGAACAGAUGUUCUACGAGCUGAUGAAGAAACGAGGAUGGCACAACCUGCCCGAGCAGGCACGACGACAAAUGCAAGCGUAUCCGGCGUCGAAAAAAUGGACACUUAUUCAUCAAGACCGUUUAACGGAGUUGCAGGGCGAGCAGAAGAGGAGAACGACGGCGCGAGCAGGGCAGUAUUCGAGCGUCGACAUUGCCGCAUCAUCCGAUGAAGAAGGUUCUCCUGAGUGGUACGUCCGGAAAGUGAUGGAUAAUACCUUGGACUUGAAAGGUCUUGGUAGUCUUGAAGUUAAUUUGCGCACCCAACAAAUCGGCUGGGUGAGACGAUUCAUCGAAUGUCAAGGGCAAGUUGCCCUCACUAAUGUUCUAUUGAAAAUCAACCGCAAGAGUGCUGUAGGACCCGCGGCUCCUGGCGAUGCGAAAUCGAGCGACAAGAACCUCGAUAAGGAAUACGAUAUUCUGAAGUGUCUCAAGGCUUUGCUGAACAACAAAUAUGGUGCCGACGAUGCACUCGCCCACCAACAAGUGGUUGUCGCUCUCGUUACCUCUCUCAUCUCCCCAAGGCUCACGACACGAAAACUCGUUAGCGAUGUGUUAUCGUUCUUGUGCCAUUGGGACGGGGGUGAAGGGCACCUCAAGGUCAUCCAGGCUAUGGAUAUAGUGAAGAGCCAGCAGAACGAAAAUGGCCGGUUUGACUCUUGGAUGCGACUCGUCGAAGUAACCGUUGAUGGACGAGGGAAGAUGGGUAGUCUUGUAGGGGCCAGUGACGAAGUACGCAGUGGUGGUAUUGGCAUGGAGAACCUGUUGAUGGAAUACGCCGUCGCAACGCUCAUCCUCGUGAACUCUAUCAUCGAUGCCCCUGAGAAUGACCUCCAAUUGCGCAUGCAUAUUCGAGCGCAGUUCGGCGCUUGUGGGAUCAAGCGGAUCCUCACGAAGAUGGAGGGCUUCCAAUAUGACCUAAUAGACAAGCAAGUCGAGCGGUUCCGGACGAACGAGGCUAUUGACUAUGAGGACAUGCUUGAGCGGGAGAAUAGCAGCAUGAAGGACAGCAUCGAGGGCGAGGUUAAGGACCUCAACGAUCCUGCCCAGAUUGUAGAUGCUAUUCAACAGCGACUUCAAGGCUCCAAGACGCAUGACUACUUCAUAUCAGCGCUACAACAUUUACUUCUCAUUCGGGAUAACGAUGGCGAAGAACGGUUACGUAUGUUCCAGCUCGUUGAUUCGAUGCUUAGCUAUGUGGCCAUGGACCGGCGUUUGCCGAACAUGGACCUCAAGCAAAGCUUGAAUUUCACGGUCCAGAACCUCUUAGACAAGCUACACACCGAUUCCGAGGCACGCCAGGCUCUGGACGAGGCCUUAGAGGCCCGGCAGAUCGCCGACGCUGCUAUGGCAGAGCGGGAUGAAAUGAAAGCGCAGCUAGAAUUAGGCGCCGAUGGUCUCGUUGCUAAACUUCAGAAACAACUGGAAGAGCAGGCUCGCUUUAUUGAAGCGCAGAAACGCCAAGCCGAUGGUCUCAAAGCCGAAAUCGAGAACAUGCAGACAGUGCGUGCUAAGGAAGCGCAGAGAUAUGAGUUAGAAACGAGAGAAUUAUACCUUAUGCUUAGGGAUGCUCAAGACGUUGCCGCCUCCCAGGCCGUCAAAGGCGUUCCUGGAAACAAGAUGGCUAACGAGGAUCCCGCCCGAAUGCAAGGUAUUUUGGAUCGUGAAAGACUCAUGGACCGACUUGCGAUGCAGCUCGAACGGCAGAAGACCCAGUACAAACUUGAAGGUAGAGUCUGGGGCGAGGCUAUUGGACCUUCCGACCGCUUACGUGCGCUACGUGAAGAGAUGGAAGGCUACUCGGAGGACUAUCCCGAUGCGCCGGACGGUGCAGGACUUCCACCUCCUGGCAUGGCUGCUGGUGGUGUACUUGGAACCGUCAACCGACAAACCAGAGUAUCGAGGAAGCCUGUCAACGGACAAUCAGCCUCAGCUGCAAAUGGAGGUGUCACUGAAGGUGAAGAUGACAUCGUGUACGAGAAGCCCAGAGUUGUCGAGAUUAGAAGACCCGUCAUGGAUCCCAAACAUGCUGCCAACUUCCUCAGUGAAAUUCAAGCGAAGGGCAAGAGGGAUGACAUCAGUGACUCUGAAGAGGGCGAGGGCGCGACAACUGGCCCGUCCCAUCCCAGUCUUGAAUCACAAUCUCCCAUUACACCAAGCGAAGCCGAGCCGCCCAAGAUUAAAGUCAGCGACACGGGAGCUCCUCCGCCUCCCCCUCCUCCACCACCUCCGAUGCCCGGCCAACUUCCUGGCGCGCCGCCUCCGCCACCUCCUCCACCCCCAAUGCCGGGUCAGAUUCCCGGUGCCGCUCCACCUCCACCACCACCGCCUCCUCCUAUGCCAGGAAUGCUUUCGCCCUCAUCCGCAGCAGGUGGACCUCCCCCUCCCCCUCCCCCGCCACCUAUGCCUGGUGUUCCCGGAGCAAUGCCUCCUCCACCCCCACCCAUGCCUGGCGCCAUGUCGGGUCACUUCCUUUCUGCGCAAAACAACUUCGGACCAACUCCUUCGGUUGGAUUGCCCAUUGUUAGGCCGAAGAAGAAGCUCAAGGCUCUUCAUUGGGACAAGGUCGAUACUCCCGAGACAAGUCACUGGGCAGCACAUGCUCCAUCUAUGGAAGAGAGAGAAGAGAAGUAUGCUGAGCUUAGCAAGAAGGGUAUUCUCGAUGAAGUUGAAAAGUUGUUCAUGGCAAAGGAGAUCAAGAAGCUCGGUGUUGGAUCCUCUAAGAAGGAUGACAAGAAGCAAAUCAUCUCUAGCGAUCUUCGGAAAGCUUAUGAAAUUGCGUUUGCCAAAUUUUCUCAGUACUCAGUGGAAAGGGUUGUUCAGAUGAUCAUUCACUGUGACAAGGAUGUACUCGAUAAUCCUGUUGUUAUGGAUUUCCUUCAAAAAGAUGACCUAUGCAACAUUCCGGAUAAUACCGCGAAGCUCAUGGCACCAUAUAGCAAGGAUUGGACUGGUCCAGAAGCAAGCAAGGAGAAUCGUGAGCAGGAUCCCAAUGAGCUCACUCGACAAGAUCAAAUCUAUCUGUACACCGCUUUCGAGUUACACCACUACUGGAAGAGUAGAAUGCGGGCAUUGGCCUUAACUAGGAGUUACGAGCUUGACUACGACGAAAUCAAUGAGAAGAUUCGUCAAGUCGUUACAGUAUCGGAAGCAUUACGAGACUCUGUAUCCUUGAUGAAUGUUCUCGGCUUGAUUCUCGAUAUCGGUAAUUACAUGAACGACGCAAACAAACAAGCAAGAGGUUUCAAGCUCAGCUCACUUGCCCGUUUGGGAAUGGUUAAGGAUGACAAGAACCAAUCGACUUUGGCGGAUCUUGUGGAACGUAUCGUGCGUAACCAAUACCCUGAAUGGGAGGGUUUCGCAAACGAUAUUCAAAUCGUUCUUACUGCCCAAAAGAUCAACAUCGAACAACUUCAGGCAGAUGCAAAGAAAUACAUCGAUAACAUUCGCAACAUUCAAAUGUCGCUAGACAGCGGCAACCUGAGCGAUCCUAAGAAGUUUCAUCCACAGGACCGCGUCUCGCAGAUUGUUCAGCGAUGUAUGAAGGAUGCUCGUCGGAAGGCAGAGCAAAUGGCAUUAUACUUGGAAGAAAUGGUCCGAACGUAUGAUGACAUUAUGGUCUUCUAUGGUGAAGACCCCAAGGACGACAAUGCUCGUCGCGACUUCUUUGCUAAGUUGGCUAUGUUCCUUCAGGAGUGGAAGAAGAGUAGAGAAAAGAACAUUCAAUACGAGGAGACGCGACGAAGGAACGAGGCGAGCAUGAAGCGGAAGCACGCCCAGCUUCGGGUUGCAGGAAAUGUCGAGAGUGGCCCGCCAUCACCAGCAUCUGCUGGUGCAAUGGACUCACUACUCGAGAAGCUGCGCGCUGCAGCGCCGCAAACAAGAGAUCAAAGAGACCGAAGAAGACGUGCACGUCUCAAGGAUCGUCACCAAGUUCGUAUUGCUUCAGGUCAAAAGAUACCCGAUCUCAACGAAAUACCCGAAGCCGAGGCCAGUCCUCACGAGGAAGGUGCAAAUGGUACUGCGGAUUCUGAUACCAACAUGCUCAGUCCCGAUUUGCCAUCCCCUAGCAAAACUGCUUCGACAGCAGGAGAAGAUGGGCUGGCUCAAAGAGCUGCUAUGUUAUUACAAGAUAUGAGAGGAGGUGAUGGAGCAGAUGAAGGUGAUCCUGAAAAGCGAGAUAGUUUACGGAAGUCAGCAGCAGAAGAAAGGAGAGCAAGGCGUCGGCGAUUAAAGGGUGGUUCAGGACCAAGCGCCGCAACCGAAGAUGAAGGAGGAAUCAAGAGCCCUAUACCUGAAGAGUCAGCUACGGCUGUUGAGGAAUGA